CCAAGCAGGCAGCCAAACAUGGCGGUACUGACCGUGUCGUUCUCGAUUUAAAGUCAUGAAGAGUGCAGGAGUAAAAGAGUUGUGGCAUCUUCCCUUCUCAAAAGGGAUCGAGAUGUGAGCUCCCAGAUACUGUUUUAGCACCGUGCCUGCCUGCCUGCCUGCCUGCCACCAUGUUCUCUGACAUGAUGGCUAUGAGCUCUACUCCUCUGAAACUGUAAAUCCUCAGUAAAAACAUUCUCUAAAUUGCCUUGGUCAUGGUGUCUUAUCUAAGGAGGUGGAGGAGGAAGAAGAGGAGGUGGAGGAGGAAAAGGAGGGGGAAGAGGAAGAGGAAGAGGAAGAGGAAGAGGAAGAGGAAGAGGAGGAGGAGGAGGAGGAGGAAGAAGAAGAAGAAGAAGAAGAAGAAGAAGAAGAAGAAGAAGAAGAAGAAGAAGAAGAAGAAGAAGAAGAAGAAGAAAGUUGCGUGGCCUAGAUCACUCACCAGGGUCAGGAAUGGGGGCUGUGGCUUGCUUGGGGACCCUCUAUGUCUCCCUCUUUGCUUCCUGGCUACUGUGACAUGAGCGGCUUUACUGUGUCAGUCCUCCUGCCUGUCACGAUGCUUUGCAUCUUCAGACACCUAUAGCAGUUCAGCAAGAUGACUUAGGACUGAAACCUUAGAGACUGAGACAAUGCAAAUUAUUACCCUUUAAAUUGGUUUCUUUUUUAGUGAUAAACAGUUGACACAGUUGCCUCAAAAUUCCUAAUACUGUGGGUGAUGGUGGCUCAUGUCCUUAAUCCUAGCACUUGGGAGGCAGAAGCAGGUGGAUUGCUGAGUUUGAGGCCAGCCUGGUCUAGAGAGUGAGUUCCAGGACAGCAAAGGCUACAAAGAGAAACCCUGUCUCAAACAACAACAACAACAUGUCUUGAUAAUGAUAAUUCUAAAAGAAGACCUGGCAGGUCUGAGAGGAUCUAUAUUGAGCAUAGAUGGAUUGAGCUGAGAAGACCCGCCCAGUGUGUGGGACAUCAUUCCCUGGACUGGCAUCCUGGACUGCAUAAAAAGAGCCAGACACAAGCACUGAUUGCUCUCUGCUUUCCUGACUGUGCCCGCAUAGUGAUCAGCUGCCUCAAGCUACCGCAUCAAGAUGGAUUACUCCCUUGAACUGUGGACCAAAAUAAACAUUUUCUCCUUUUAGUUGUGGUUGCCAGAGUAUUUUAUCACAGCAACAGGAAAAGUUACUCAGGUAGCUUUUGAUUAGUCAAGCUUUAGGGAGCUUUUAUUUCUGGUUCCUCAGAAGGAGGCACACAGUGAGGGCAAAAUCACUAGGCUGCUUUUAUUUCAUAAAACUUUCAUAGAUUCCCCAAACUCGCAGCUCGGCUGCGGACUGAACUCAUACUUUCUCUCUGAUAGUGAGACAUUUUUGGAGUGUGGCCUAUUGGUCCUGAUUUUAGGGCCAAAUAGGUGUUUCUCAACUGUUUCUGUCCAAAGGUGAGCUAAAAGUUAUCUACCUUUGACACAGGCCAGUUCCUGUUUGUGGGUGGGGCACACCCAGUUAAGUGGGCAAGCCCACGGAGGUCCUGCAACCCUUUGCUUCCUUGAGGACACCUCAGCUGAGCGUCUCGUUUCACACAGAACCAGGCUGUCGUGGGCCUUCCUUCCUUCUGUGGUUGUGCUGGAAGACGUCAUCAAAUUGUCUGUCCACGCGCCAGAUUCCUCUGGCCACUGAGCACUCCCCGACACGCGUCGCUUCCAGUAAGGCGAGCGCAGCGCAGCGAUUCAGUGCCACCUGUUGAACCCAGAGCGCGCCCUCCUCACCCCACCCAAGUCCCCUGCCACCGGCUCCGGAGGAUCUUUGACAAAUUGGAGGAGGCGGGGCCUCGCGAAGGAAAAGCUUAGAGGAAAAGACCCGGAAAGAGGCGCGAGACCGCAGUGGGAGGUGCGGCCCCGCCCCCGCCAGGGCGCGCCGCGGGAGCGAGCGGGUCCAGCACGCGCGCGCGCCCGGGCGCCUGACGUGGCACUAGCAACCCAGAGCGACUCGGCGGCGGCGGCGCGGGGCGCGGAGCGUGCAGAGCAGGGUUAUUCUGCAGUAGCUCUUCUUUGGAAUGAUAUUUUCAUCAUGAGCCAACAAGGCUAUGUGGCGACACCCCCUUAUUCUCAGUCCCAGCCUGGAAUGGGUAUCUCUCCCCCUCACUACGGACACUAUGGGGACCCGUCCCAUGCAUCCUCUCCACCAGGCGUGAUGAAGCCAUUGGGGCCUUCAGCUGCUCCUUCAGGGAUGCUGCCCCCAGGUCCUUUACCUCCUGGACCCCCACAGUUUGGCCCCAAUGGAGCCCAUACUCCAGGCCAUCCUCCUCAAAGAUUUCCAGGACCCCCACCUGUCAAUAGUGUGGCACCCUCUUAUGCGUCAGGCCAGACCCUGCCACAGUCAUCUUACCCAGGCCCUGGGUCCACUUCCUCUGUCACCCAGCUGGGCAGUCAGUUCAGCUCCAUGCAGAUCAACAGCUAUGGUGUGGGCGCGACUCCUCAGAGCCAGGGUCCGCCUGGCCCCCAGUCAGCAGGCGCCUUCCAGGGGCCUCCACAACCUGCACAGCCAUCUAUUCUGCAGCCAGGACAUCAGGUUCCGCCGCCACCCCCCACUGCCCUGAACGGCCCUGGUGCCUCUCCUAUGUCUCCACCAACUCACAGGCAAGAUGGCCUUCCUGGGCCAGCUCCUCUGAACGCCCAGUAUCAGCCCCCACCUCCACCAGGCCAGACCCUGGGUCCUGGCUACCCUCCACAGCAAGCAACCAACUAUGGACCGCAGAUGGGAGGUGCACAGAUGUCUUACCCAGGAGGGUUCCCUGGAGGUCCUGCCCAGAUGGCUGGGCCGGCACCACAGCUCCAGAGGAAGCUGGAUCCGGACUCCAUCCCCAGCCCUAUUCAAGUGAUCGAGAAUGACAGGGCCACCAGAGGUGGACAAGUCUAUACGACCAAUACCAGGGGCCAGGUACCUCCACUGGUCACCACCGAGUGUGUGAUUCAAGACCAAGGCCACUCGAGCCCCCGCUAUAUCCGCUGCACUACGUAUUGCUUUCCGUGCACGUCCGACAUGGCCAAGCAAGCUCAGAUCCCACUGGCUGCCGUCAUCAAACCCUUCGCUGACAUUCCGCCCAACGAGACCCCCUUGUACUUGGUAAACCAUGGGGAGAGUGGACCAGUGAGGUGCAACAGGUGCAAAGCCUACAUGUGCCCGUUCAUGCAAUUCAUCGAAGGCGGACGGCGCUAUCAGUGCGGAUUCUGCAGCUGUGUGAAUGAAGUCCCACCAUUCUAUUUCCAACAUCUGGACCACAUUGGAAGGAGAUUGGACCACUAUGAGAAGCCAGAGCUGUCGCUGGGAUCCUAUGAAUAUGUUGCUACAUUGGAUUACUGCAGAAAGAAUAAACCUCCCAGCCCACCAGCCUUCAUCUUCAUGAUUGAUGUCUCAUAUAGUAACAUAAAGAAUGGCCUCGUCAAGCUCAUAUGUGAAGAGCUGAAGACCGCGCUGAAGCGGCUACCCAAGGAGGAGCAUGAGGAGACGUCUGCAAUCCGAGUUGGUUUCAUCACAUACAACAAAGUUCUCCACUUCUUUAACGUGAAGAGUAAUCUGGCCCAGCCUCAGAUGAUGGUGGUGACGGAUGUCGGAGAGGUCUUUGUUCCUUUGUUGGAUGGGUUCCUUGUCAACUAUGAAGAAUCUCAAUCUGUGAUCCACAAUUUAUUGGACCAGAUUCCUGAGAUGUUUGCUGACUCUAAUGAAAACGAGACAGUCUUUGCCCCGGUCAUCCAGGCCGGCAUGGAGGCCCUGAAGGCAGCAGAGUGCCCGGGGAAGCUCUUCAUCUUCCAUUCCUCUUUGCCUACUGCCGAAGCACCGGGGAAGCUCAAGAACAGAGACGACAAAAAGCUGGUGAACACAGACAAAGAGAAGAUACUUUUCCAGCCCCAAACAGCUGUCUACGAAUCUCUGGCCAAAGACUGUGUGGCCAACAGCUGCUCAGUGACUCUGUUCCUCUUCCCCAGUCAGUUUGUGGAUGUGGCUUCCUUGGGUCUGGUUCCUCUGCUCACGGGAGGAACUCUUUACAAAUACAACGUUUUCCAGAUACAUUCAGAUAGCCAAAGGUUUCUGACCGACCUCCGGAAUGAUAUUGAGAAGAAAAUAGGCUUCGAUGCUAUCAUGAGGGUUCGGACCAGCACAGGUUUCAGGGCCACUGAUUUCUUUGGUGGAAUAUUCAUGAACAACACCACAGAUGUGGAAAUGGCGGCCAUCGACUGCGAUAAAGCCGUGACAGUGGAGUUCAAGCACGAUGACAAGCUCAGUGAAGAUGUCGGGGCCCUGAUCCAGUGUGCUGUGCUCUACACGACCAUCAGUGGUCAGCGAAGACUCCGGAUUCACAAUCUCGCCUUAAACUGCAGCACCCAGCUAGCGGAUCUGUACAAGAGCUGUGAAACUGAUGCCCUUAUCAACUUCUUUGCCAAGUCAGCUUUUAAAGCAGUUUUGAACCAGCCCUUGAAGGCCAUCCGGGAAAUUCUAGUCAAUCAGACUGCCCAUAUGCUGGCGUGUUACCGGAAGCACUGUGCGAGUCCGUCUGCAGCAAGCCAGCUUAUACUGCCAGAUUCCAUGAAGGUGCUGCCUGUGUACAUGAACAGUUUGUUGAAAAACUGUGUGCUGCUCAGCAGAUCGGAGAUCUCCCCUGAUGAGCGGGCUUACCAGCGGCAGCUGGUCAUGACCAUGGGCGUGGCUGACUCCCAGCUCUUCUUCUAUCCACUGCUCCUGCCAAUCCACACGUUAGAUGUGAAGAGUGCAGCGCUGCCACCAGCCGUCCGCUGCUCCGAGUCCCGACUCUCUGAAGAAGGAAUAUUCCUGCUGGCUAACGGUCUGAACAUGUUCUUAUGGUUUGGAGUGGGCAGCCCACCAGAGCUGAUUCAGGGAAUAUUUAAUGUGCCAUCGUUUGCACAUAUCAACACAGAUAUGACAUCGCUGCCUGAGGUGGGAAGUCCACACUCUCAACAACUCAGAAUGAUAAUGAAUAAUAUCCAGCAAAAGAAGCCAUACUCAAUGAAGCUCAUCGUGGUUAAACAGCGAGAGCAGCGGGAGAUGGCUUUCCGACAGUUCCUGGUGGAAGAUAAAGGGCUCUAUGGAGGAUCUUCGUACGUGGAUUUCCUCUGCUGUGUUCACAAGGAGAUCUGUCAACUGCUUAACUGAGCCCUCGGCUCUCCCUCUGAGGUCACAUUCCUGAGGAGACAGUCUCCAACUUGGUGCCUAAUUUUCUGAUGAUAGUAGGCUAGUUUUAAUUUCUUGAUCACUUUCAGGACAGCUUGCCUGGACAGCACACAGACCUUCAGCUCGGAGUGCUCAGGUGGCAAGCCCGUGGAGGUGUGGGGGUACUGUAAAGGGAAGAGUCCAUUACUGGCUGUCCAGCUUCUAAUUUCUAAAGCUGACACAAUUUGCAUUUCAUAAAUACAUAGUUUACAGAACCAUUUGCAGCCUCAAUUUUCUUUGUGCUUGUUAUAUAAAUUAUUUUUCAAACUGUAUAGAUUCAUGAUAAAAUUAUCUUGGUUCCUCUCUCUUUUACCGUGAGAGGAAAAGACUUCAUUUUUAUCUUAUACCUAAUUUUUUUAAAACCCCGUGAUGACAUUAAACAGAAUUUUUUUUCCAACAUAAGAUCUGCACAGCAGACUUUUAAAAAGCCUGAAAUCUGUCUGGUAGAACAAUUUGUGUUCUCCUUUUUUCAUAAUUAUAUAUUGUCUGUUUAAAAUAUUUUCCAGUUGUUUUGUCUAUAAAACGGUAUCUAUAUUCUUAAUGGUUCUUUGUACAAUUUUGAUGGUUUCUACCUGUAUAUAAUGGAUCUUAACCAAUAUCAAUAAAUUACUUCAUGUACUCUG